CCAACACCUGCGUCGGAGUCUCUCAGUUUAGUUUUCAAAGGCCGCGACGCACGCGCUCCCCCGAACGCGGCCGACGACAUUGUCCGCGCGAAAAUGAAAUCGAGUUUCUAAAUUUGAACAUUCAAAUUAAUAUCGAAACUUUACAUUUUAAAUUCUGAUUUUUAAGCGGCAAAGGAGUUCGUUUGAGUGAGACGUUUCUAACUUUAUAGUAUUAAUAUUUAAAGUGUUCGUAUUUAAAAAUGAAGUUAAUAUUUGUUAACAACAUACCCGGCGUUUUGCUGAUGACACUAGUAUUAUUAACUAGUGCUCAAAGAACGUCGCAUAAUCUCAGAGACAUCGACUUGCACGAACUGGCGCGGCAGAACAAGAUCACAAAACAAAUACUGGAAGCCUUCAUCCAGAAGAAAUUGGGACUGUCAAAGGGUUACGUUAAACCGCCGUCGAUCCAGGAGAUCCUGCCGAUAAAGAAACCAGAAGAGAGGAAGUACCCAAGACAAUCAAACCACAGUGAACAUUAUCAAGAACCGCAGGAAUACCCUGAAGACGACAGCUUGCAGUUUGUUGAGAGCGAACAAAUCAAUUCAAUAUACUCCGAAGAAUGUACGAGUUGCAACGAUGACGAGCUGGGUGUGACGCGGUGGACGAUGCCUCUGCUCAAAACAGGGGAGAAACGGUACUAUUUAGGAAUAUUUUUUAAGGCGAACUGGUUUAAAGCGCAGCAGUACUGCAGAUUCCACGGCAUGCACCUGGCAUCGAUAUCCUCGCAACAGGAGAACGACAAACUUGAGCAAUACGUCAAAGACUCUGGUUAUGGACGCGAGCAUUUCUGGACAUCGGGUACGGACUUGGCCGAAGAGGGCAACUUCUUCUGGAUGGCUAACGGCAGACCGCUCACGUUUGUCAACUGGAACGCGGGUGAACCUAACAACUUUAGGUACGAAAACGGCGAGGAGGAGAACUGCUUAGAACUGUGGAACAGAGACGACAAAGGCUUGAAAUGGAACGACUCACCGUGCUCAUUCGAAACAUACUUCAUUUGUGAAGUUCGAUCGGAUUGAUGAUUGCUAUAAAAUGUUAUUUAGGCUGUCUGCAGACGACAUGGCUCGCACACGAGCGGUAGAGUUGAUUAAAUAAAGAAACGUAGAAAGAAAUAUAAAAGAGAAAAAGAAUAGUGUCAUAUAUAUUAGAGAGAGGUAACAAAUCAUUCACAACAGUAAUAAUCUAUAUCUGUAGAGUAAAGGGGUGACUAAGUUUUAUUGAAAUUCUCUGUAAAUGAUAUUAGUAACAAAUGAGAUCUUUCAAUAAAUUAAUCGACAUUUUAUUUGUACUACCGUUGAACAUUCGCAAAAUAUCUUCUAAUUGAGUUAAUUAUUCGUUUGUUUACAUUUUCAUUAAGUUCUAUUGAAAGGAAAUCUCUAUAGAUUUACAUCAAAUAACUAUUUGUUUUUUGAUGUUAUGAUGUUGUUGUUGAGAAAUUAACAUAAUUCUGAUUAUGUUUAUGAAGAUCGAAGAGUAUUGAAUAAAAUUCAAUAUUAAUCUAUCGCAUUUAGUCCAAAUAAAGCUCAUUCAGAUCUUUUGCAACGCAGUGAGCUAAUUGCAGUUCAAGCAGUAAUACUCGUAGUUACGUAAAUAUCUAUUAAUUUCGUAACUUAAUUUUUUUCCAAUUAAUUUACAUUACAAUCACUCUAUUAGUUUGUCAUUACAGUCUGUACGUACAUAAGUACGUUAUACUGCAUCCUGUGUCUGUAGUCGAUCAGCAGACUCUUUACUAUAAUAAUUGGCAUAUCAAUAGAAUAAUAAAUCAAUCCCCUUCAUUAUGGGAACGAAUCGAGCAACGGAUCGUAUGGCAAAUUAUGUCGUUUUGUAGACAGUUUUAGUUUUUUGUGAUAGCAUUUUCAUAGAACAGUUUAGAUAGCUAGGGGGCGCCAUCUUUUUAUUUUAUAAAUGUGAAUCUCGUAAUAAUUAUCAAGAAAUAAGAAUCGAGUAUAGGUACUGUACAUAUUUGUAAUUUAGUAUACAAUUGAUUCUACAAAACAAUUUAUGUACAUGGUGUAAACUUAUUUCUUUAAAUAACUAUCUUUUGGAUAAAAAAAAAUCUAUAAAUUGUUUUAUUAUAACAUUGAAGAAGUGUUGUAAAGGUAUUGUGUAAGAAAUGUAAUACCAAUGAAUAUCUGUAGUGAGAUAUUUAGUCACUGUGAAUCUAUUGCCUUUCCUUAAAGCGACUGACAAAUUAUACAUCUACACGGAAAGAAAAUAUGCAAAACAUAAUUUAUGAUCACAGCUUCAUAGUGACUUCUAUACUAUUGUUAAAACUAAUGUUCAUUUUUAUGCGCUUACUAUGUUUGUCGUUUUCGACAAUUGUUUCGACUUCAUCCUGAAGUCUUCUUCGAAGGGAGUACGAUCGCAACUACUCUCCCCGCACUUCCAGAUUAAGUCGAAACUACUGUCGGAAACGACAAACUUAGUGAGUUUUUUAAAUUCCCGUUAUAUAUAUACAUAUAUAGACUUCUAUACUAUUAUGUACCUAAAAUGAACGAAUUAGCUAUAAAAUGAACGAAUGCUAAAAUCGAAUCGAAAAAAAAAUGUAUAAUAUAAAAAUACAUGUAUAAAAAAAAUUACGACGGAUACUUGGUCAGUACAAUUAUAAAUGUCUAGGCUAAGUGUGUGGUUAUUUAUUUUAUUUUUAUUCCGAUUUUCAAAUACCUACUAUAAUUUGUAGAUAUCAUAAAAAAAUUAAAUUAAAUUUCGAAUUUUCAUUUUUGCAUAAUAAACCAACGAGCCUAUGGUUCAAGGGACACGAUCUGGUGUGUCUAUAGUCAAAAGUAGUAGUAAAUCUGUAGUUACCCUAAUUUAAGUAUUAUUGUAUAAAUUUUUAGAUUAAGAAUGAUUAAUAAACAAGAAAAUUUA